UCGAAAAAUAUUUAUUUUGUGCUAUAAAAAUAACAACACAUUGUAUCUUUCAUUUUACAACCCAGUAAGGGGAUAUUUUUCUCUUCUCUUUGAAAAAUCCGAAAAGUAAUUUUCCAAAGGGAAACUUUUGCUCGUAAUAUUCUCAGAUCUGCUCUCAAAUCCUCUCAUUUUGAAUAGCCAAUAUGGGAGGCGGGUUCAGAGUACUUCAUUUGGUUAGACCAUUUCUUUCGUUUCUGCCUGAAGUUCAGAGUGCUGAUAGGAAAAUCCCUUUUAGAGAGAAGGUCAUCUAUACUGUGAUCUCCCUCUUUAUUUUCCUGGUUUGCAGUCAGCUUCCCCUUUAUGGAAUACAUUCUACGACAGGCGCUGAUCCGUUUUAUUGGAUGCGUGUUAUCCUUGCAUCCAACCGUGGAACCGUUAUGGAACUUGGGAUUACCCCCAUUGUUACUUCCGGUUUGGUGAUGCAACUCUUGGCUGGUUCAAAGAUCAUCGAGGUUGACAACAGUGUUCGCGAGGAUCGUGCACUCUUAAAUGGGGCUCAAAAGCUGUUGGGGAUCCUAAUUGCUGUUGGUGAGGCAGUGGCGUACGUUCUGUCUGGUAUGUACGGAAGUGUUGGUCAGCUCGGUGUUGGAAAUGCCAUUCUUAUUAUUAUUCAACUUUGCUUUGCUGGAAUUAUUGUGAUCUGCCUCGAUGAACUUCUCCAAAAGGGGUAUGGUUUGGGCUCUGGGAUCUCCCUUUUCAUAGCCACCAAUAUCUGUGAAAACAUAAUCUGGAAAGCCUUUAGCCCUACAACAAUCAACAGCGGUCGUGGGGCUGAAUUCGAAGGUGCUGUCAUUGCCAUGUUCCAUCUUUUAAUAACCAGGACAGACAAAGUUCGAGCGCUUCGUGAAGCUUUCUACCGACAGAAUCUUCCAAACGUUACGAAUUUACUCGCUACGGUUUUGAUCUUCCUUAUUGUUAUCUACUUCCAAGGUUUCCGUGUUGUUUUGCCUGUAAGAUCGAAGAAUGCUCGAGGACAGCAAGGGUCGUAUCCCAUUAAGCUAUUCUACACCUCCAACAUGCCCAUCAUCCUUCAAUCUGCACUCGUUUCAAAUCUUUAUUUCAUCUCCCAGUUGCUGUACCGGAAGUACAGUGGUAACUUCUUUGUGAACCUGUUGGGCAAGUGGAAAGAAUCCGAAUAUUCAGGUGGUCAGUUUAUUCCCGUUGGUGGUCUAGCUUACUAUGUUACUGCCCCUGCAAGCUUGGCAGAUAUGGCAGCAAAUCCCUUCCAUGCUCUGUUUUAUCUAGUGUUCAUGCUUUCUGCCUGUGCCUUGUUUUCGAAAACUUGGAUUGAAGUUUCCGGUUCUUCAGCCAGGGAUGUUGCUAAGCAGCUCAAGGAACAACAAAUGGUGAUGCCAGGACAUAGAGAUUCAAAUCUACAAAAAGAACUAAACCGUUACAUACCGACCGCAGCUGCAUUUGGCGGAAUGUGCAUCGGUGCAUUAACUGUCUUAGCCGAUUUCAUGGGAGCAAUCGGUUCAGGUACCGGAAUAUUGCUAGCCGUAACAAUCAUAUAUCAGUAUUUCGAAACUUUCGAGAAGGAGAGAGCUAGUGAACUCGGCUUUUUCGGUCUCUAAGUUUUGAUAAAAGUCGGGUUUAGUGAAAAAAACAAAAUGGUAGAGGGGGUGGAGAGCCAUGGACAAAUUUUGAUUUGAUUAAAAAUUCAGAUACUUGAUAGGUAGGUUCCACCUUUUGUUAAACAUGCUUUGGAUAGAAGAUAAUGAGGUCUUUAAUUGUAAUCUCUGAUGUUGUUUUAAGCUUUUUUAGCCCUUUAAUUUACUUCCUUCAAAAAAAACACUGAACUUGUAGAUUUGUCCUUUUCAGAAUACAAACUCCAUCGAAGCCUAACUUUUUUUCCUUGCAAAAA